AUGUCGUUAACAAGUGCCGCUCCAUUAUUGGUAUUGUUGAAUGAAAAGGAUGACAAUAUUAAGUCAUAUGCUUUGCAAUCCAUAAACGAUGUUAUUGAUUCUGAAUGGUCUGAAGUAUCCAAUUAUAUCUCCAAUAUCGAAGCUUUAUCUGAUGAGACUUCAUUUGCUGGUCGUAAGAUGGCAGCUUUGAUUGCCUCCAAGGUCUAUUAUAAUUUGGGAGAAUACAAUUUGGCUGUUAGGUUUGCAUUAGCUGCCGAAGAAUGUUUUGAUAUAAAUGAGAAGAGUCAGUAUGUUGAGACAAUUGUAUCCAAAAGUAUUGAAAUGUACAUUAAGAAACAAACUAGAAAUAACCUAGAAGAAGAAACCAACAUACAAAUUGAUCCUAAAUUAACCACCAUAUUUGAAAGAAUGUUAGAAAAGUGUGUUUCUGCUUCUGAAUUCAAGUUAGCAUUAGGUAUCGCAUUGGAAGGUUAUAGACUUGAUAUUGUUGAGAAUAUUUUGAAGGCUCGUAUAGCUGACGAUACCGAAUCUAAUAGUUUGAAGUUGUUAAAUUACGUUCUAACAGCAGCAGCAAGCACUGUUUCCAGUUCUACGUUCCGUACAGAAACUCUGAAAUCUCUAUUUAAACUUAUCCUUUCAAUGAACAAUGUUGAUUAUUUUACUGCAUCCAAGGUUGUGGUAACCUUAAAUGAAUUAGAUUUCGCAAUUGAAUUGUUUGAAGCUCUAAAGAAGGAUGGUUGUAAAAACAUUUCAUAUCAAAUUGCUUUUGAUUUGGUAUCAUCUGGUUCUCAAGGCCUAUUGACGUCCCUCGCUAAAAAAUUGUCUGAAAAUAAUUUUGAUCCAGUCUUAUUAGAUAUUUUAUCAGGUGUGCCUACUUGUGAUUACUACAACACAUUUCUACAUGAAAACAAAAACAUUGAUAUUGGUUUACUAAAUAAGACUAAAUCAUCUUUGGAUGGUAAAUUUUCUUUAUUCCAUACAGGUGUUAGUGUUGCCAAUGGUUUUAUGCACGCUGGUACUACAGAUAACUCUUUUAUUAAAGCUAAUUUACCAUGGUUAGGGAAGGCACAAAAUUGGGCCAAGUUCACUGCAACUGCCUCCUUAGGUGUAAUUCAUAAGGGUAAUCUGGCAGAUGGUCAAAAAGUAAUGAGUCCAUAUCUACCUGGGAGUCGUUCUUCUUCUCGUUAUAUUAAGGGUGGUUCUCUGUAUGGUUUAGGUCUUCUGUACGCUGGUUUUGGUAAAGAUAUUUUAGAGUAUCUGCUUAACAUGAUUGAUGAAAAUACUGGUACUGUUGGAGAUGAAGAUAUCGAUGUUUUAUUGCAUGGUGCAUCAUUAGGUGCAGGUUUAGCAGCUAUGGGUUCUCACAAUGUGUACGCAUUUGAGACUCUUAGAGAGGUCAUAUUUCAUGACACAGCAACAUCCGGUGAUGCAGCUGCUCUGGGUAUUGGUUUGACGAUGCUUGGUUCUGGUGACCAAGAUUGUACUGAAAGUAUGAAUACGUUUGCUCAUGAGACUAAUCAUGCAAAUAUUAAGCGUAGUUUAGCAAUGAGUAUUGCUAUGAUCAAUUACGGUUGUCAAGAGAAGGCAGAUGAAUGGAUUGAAAAAUUGUUAGAAGACGAAGAUUCUACGAUUAGAUAUGGUGGUGCUUUUACUAUUGCUCUUGCUUAUGUUGGUACAGGUAAUAAUAGAGCUGUUAAAAAAUUAUUACAUAUUGCUGUUUCAGACUCAAACGACGAUGUGAGACGUGCUGCUGUUAUCUCACUAGGUUUUGUGCUUUGCCGUGAUUACACAACCGUCCCAAGAAUUGUUGAACUACUUUCCAAGUCACACAAUGCACAUGUUCGUUGUGGUACCGCCUUUGCCUUAGGUAUUGCAUGUGCAGGUAGAGCUUUAGAUGAGGCACUUGACGUUCUAGAACCAUUAACUAAGGAUCCAGUUGAUUACGUUCGUCAAGCUGCUAUGAUUGCUCAAGCACUUAUAACGAUCCAACAAACAGAUAAAUCUAACCAAAGAGUCACCGAAAUAAACAAGAACUUCUUGAAUGUAGUGACAAGUAAGCACCAAGAAGCAUUAGCUAAAUUCGGUGCUUGUAUUGCCCAAGGUAUUUCAAACGCAGGUGGUAGAAAUGUCACUAUUCAACUUGAAAAUAACGAGACUGGAACAUUAGAUACUAAAUCUAUUAUCGGGUUGGUGAUGUUUUCCCAAUUUUGGUAUUGGUACCCAUUAGCCCACUUCUUGUCAUUGUCAUUUACUCCAACAGCCGUAAUUGCUGUCCGUGAUUCCGAUCUAGCUAUUCCAAAGGUUGAAUUAAACUGUUUCGCGAAAGAAGGUGCGUUUAAUUAUCCAAAGAUGUUCGAGGAAGAAGCUAAUAAAGAAGUUGAAAAGGUAACAACAGCUGUUCUAUCUACAACAGCAAGAGCUAAAGCUAGAGCUAAAAAGACGAAGAAGGAUAAAGAAGAUAAGGAAGAAAAAGAAGAAAAGGUUCCUUCCAAGGAACAGGAAACAGCUGAAGUUCCAAAUCAAAUUACAAAAGAAGCUUUAUCCGAGGAAUAUUCUAAAAAUAAAUACUCCGCUAAACCAUAUAAGAUUCAAAACCUAACGAGGGUAUUACCUCAACAAUCAAGGUAUGUUUCAUUUGUCAAAAAUGGUAGAUUUGUACCUGUGCGUAAAUCUAAGAAUACAAGUGGCAUUAUAGUUGUAUCAGACUCAAAACCUGAUGAACCAAUCGAAUUGAUAGAGACAAUAAGGGAACGUAAUGAUGUCAAUGCACCUGUACCUGCAUCUUUCACUGUUGAAGACGAAGUUGAUUUUGACAACUUGUAA